AUGGAUUUAUUGAUACAGCCGAAAAGUCGUGGAAUUCGAUACGAAGGUUACGACAACGAUUUCAUACAGUGUGUUUUCGAGGAUUCAAAUGUAUCCGGUCGUAAUGAACGAUAUGAAUUUAGGCUUCUUCGCACUGGGCAGGCCUUCGAAUCACUCGCAAUCAAUUAUCAACCUGUUGCAUUAGGAUAUCGUUCAUACAAGCAAAAUGAAUCACAGGAAGGCCUUGGUACGGAAAAUUUAAUCCGAAAAGAAAAGGAUGAUUUAUACAGUACACCAAAUGAUAAUGGAACAUUACGUUCAAUGCGUGGAAGACAUGGCUACCGUAAUCCAUUAUAUACCACUACUACUAGUACAGUAAAAAUACGCGAAACAUUUGAUCGAACAAUCGAUGAUGCUAAUAAAUCAUAUGAUAAAUCCGGAACUGGUACAGAUACAGGUAUCGGUACUGGUGGUGAAAUAACCGGUCGAUCGGAAAUAACUGUGAAUAAUGAUAAUCGGAAGCAAUUAAAUACAGCAGGAAUAAGACGUAAUGAAUAUCAAAUAGCUGAACCAAUACCAUUACCAAAUACAAACAGCGGGCAAUUCUCGGGCAACUCAUCGGGACAUUAUUCAACCCGAGAAACAUUUGAGGAACGAUGUGAAGAGAAUUAUAUUGCAGAGGAAGAAAAACCGUUACCGUAUGCUGAUACAAAAGAAUUAUUAUAA